UCUUUUUUAUUUCUGUCGGUAAGUUACCGAUUCAAAUUACGCGCGAUUUUCAACUGACAGUUGUAGCGGCUCUGACAUGUGUGUAAAGUAAUUAAAUCAUAAUAAUAAUAAUAAAUAAUAAUAAUAAUUAUGCAUGAUGAAGCUUAUUAUCAAAGACGUAUACCGAGAAGAAAUUUAGGAAAUUGGAAUAAUUUUUUAAGAUUUAUUUGGGAUAAUGACACGCGCGCAUUUUUAAAUCGAACUUUCAAAGAAUGGGGUCAGUUGGGAUUAUUUUAUUUAUGUUUUUACGGAGCAUUAUUUUCAAUAUUUAUAUUACAACUGUGGAUUAGCUUUAAAAAUAUUGGAUUUGAUCGUCCAUACAUCCAGCAUUCAUAUGAAAAAUCAAUUGAAUCUAGAAUAAUAUAUUAUCAACCUCUUAAUCGUGAUUUACAUACACAAAAUCCAGGUCUAGGAUUUAUACCAAACAUUCAUAUUUCUGUGGCACCAAUAAUUUGGAUAAAUAAAAAUAAUAAAAAAUCACAAGCUCAAGGUUACAUUAGAGCGAUUGAUAAUUUUUUAAAUUCAUAUCGCAAUAAAAUAUAUAAAAAUUCAUCGCUUUAUUUUGACAUAAAAUUAUUAGGAAAAUGUUCUGUUUCACCAUACGGAUAUUUUGAACAUAAACCAUGCGUUUAUUUAAAAUUAAAUAAGAGAUUUGAAUGGUCACCAGUUUAUUACAACAAAACAUCAGAAUUACCGGAAUACAUGCCGACGACAUUGAAAACACUUGUGCGAUCUACUUCUCAGCCUUAUAUUUGGAUAUCUUGUACCGGUGCGACAAAUUUUGACAAUCAACACAUGGGAAUUAUUGAUUAUCUUCCACUUGCUGGUUUACCUGUCAAUUAUUUUCCUUUUACCGGACACCCCAACUACUUGUCACCAGUAGUGGCAUUAAUUUUUAAUAAUCUUACUGAGUUUUUAAUUACAGCUAAUAGACUGAUAACAAUAAAAUGUAACAUGUGGGCUUAUAAUAUCGAUCAAAGCAGCCCAUUGUAUUUUCAAAUAUUUAAUGAAGAUGAUGAUGAUGAUGAUAAUAAAUAAAUUUUGUUGUUAUUUGAAUGACGUAGUGGUCUGUAGUGUUAUUGGAAUUUAAUAUAAGAAGUAAGAGUAUGUUGUGUGUUAGUAUGUUAGUUUGGUAUCUGGUGGGGAAGGGACUAAAAUAAAGGUAGAGGAAAUGAAUAAGAUUGUAGAUUGUAGUGAGUAGAGCAGACAAGAGUAUACAAGAGCAACAGUCGUGGGCAGUAAUCAUUACAUUGAAUAGACAGCAGUCGAGUGAAAGAAUUUAAAUAGCGGGGAUACUUAAUCAUAUUUUUUAUUUUUAUUUUUAUUUUUAUUUUUAUUUUAUUUAUCAUCACUCGUGCUCACGAAUUUGUGUUGUUAAAAUGAGUCGUAGAAAUAAUAAUGAAAAA